AUGCCUAUGAAGGUAGACGACAUUGCCCGGAGAACAGAAUACCGAUCAACAUAUGCCAGCUCCAGCUACAAGCAAAAAUACAAUUACGCCUUGCUGUUCGCCGUUGGCCUUUCAAAAUCCAAAAAUAUUCAACGAAAAUUGCAUAUUGAGAGUGAACGUUAUGGCGACAUUCUUCAAGCGGACUUCGAAGACGUAUACCACAAUCUUACACGGAAAGUGUUAAGUGCACUUCGAUUUGUAGUUUCAUCGUGUCGUCAAACAAAGGCUAUUGUGAAAGUUGAUGAUGAUAUUGGAUGGAAUAUUAAACAGAUCAAAGAUUUCGUUAUGGGUCCCCUCGAUCAUGAUAAGAUAUAUGGGCUACGGUGA